UCUUCCUCAUUUGUUUGUAGAGAAAAAGAAGGAAACGGUGUGAGGGAUUGUGAGAUUGAAAGGAAACAAAACUUUAUCCGAAAAUGAGCAUCGGCGGCGGCGACUCGGUGGAGGCGGAGUACAUAAGGAGGCACCACAGGCACGAGCCCAGAGAGAACCAGUGCACUUCGGCUCUGGUCAGGCACAUCAAAGCCCCUGUGCAUCUCGUCUGGUCAUUGGUGAGGAGAUUUGAUCAACCCCAGAAGUACAAGCCGUUUGUUAGUCGGUGCACCAUGAAGGGGGACCUUGGCAUUGGGAGCCUUAGAGAAGUGAAUGUUAAAUCUGGUCUUCCCGCAACGACAAGCACUGAGAGGCUGGAGCUUCUUGAUGAUGAUGAGCACAUUCUUGGCAUCAGGAUUGUUGGCGGUGAUCAUAGGCUAAGGAACUACGCUUCAAUUAUUACCGUCCACCGUGAGGUUAUUGAAGGAAGACCAGGGACACUCGUUAUUGAAUCCUUUGUAGUGGAUGUGCCUGAUGGGAAUACCAAGGAUGAGACAUGCUACUUUGUUGAGGCUCUGAUCCGGUGCAACCUCAAGUCUUUGGCUGAUGUCUCAGAGAGGAUGGCUGUCCAGGACCGAACCGAACCUAUCAAUCAAUAGUGGAUUUGGGGGAUGGUACAGGAGUACGAUGGACUAUAGCUAUACCAACCAUGUGGUUUUUUUGUCUCAGAUGCUGUGUAGAGAUAGUACGAGCUUUCCUCCCAUUCACAGAAGCUUUGGGAACAUUGCUGCUUUUAGCAUUUCCGACUGAUGAACAUCCUUCCUACUCUCUUUCCAAUUGGUCUCGCAUCGUCUCUUCUCACUCUGGUAACGAUGAUGGGGUUUCUCGUAUUUGUGUUUCAAGGACGAGCUUUCUCGGUUUUUAUAAGCUCUCCAUGAAGGGAAAGGGAAAGCUACUGUGAGUUUUAUUGUUCCUGGGUUUCGUGCAUGGUGAUACCGAUGUUAGUACGACUCUGAUCUGUAAAUAUUUGUCUUGGAAAGAGAUGGUAUCUAUGGAAUUGGGGUUUUCAUCUCGUAGUACAGGGAGGAUUCAGGGCGUCGAGCUGCUGUUCCGUUGUUUGUGUGUAUAUACUUUAUGUAUUUGCAUUCUUAAUAAGUUAUUGUAAUCGCGUUACUUCCGUUU